UCCUGACUAUGUUAGUACUGUAAUUAAUAUUCUUAUAAUUUCGAGAAUUAGAAUCACUAUUUCCCUAUAAAUAGGGUGCGUAUAUACUUUCAUUAAUGCACAUGAAAUUCCAGUACUCUAGACACAUGGCAGAGUGUUCAACCCCAUUCCAACAAUCCGACCAGAAGACCACCUCAAAACUGAAGCUUUUUGGUUUUCCGAUGACUGAGCAAGAUGAUGAAAUCCUAUCAAAAACUGAAAAUAGUUUAGAAAACAGGAAAUUCGAGUGCCAUUUCUGCCACCGAGCUUUCGCCAACUCACAAGCACUGGGAGGCCAUCAAAAUGCUCACAAAAGAGAGCGACAAAGAGCAAGACGUAACCACUACCUUCGUGACCGACGCUUCAUGGCAGCUGCACCAGUUGUUUGCUCACAUGCUGUCAAAUUACCACCCUCCAGAUUAAUUACUAGCAACAAUAUUACGGCUGCUGCUGCUAAAUUUAGGCCCCAAUUAGCUAGUGAUUACCCAUCGCAGCCCUUGUUGUUUCUACCAUCUUCUCCUGACCAUCACUUUCCUUCUCGAAUUUACAUCGCACAACCAUUACAUGCUGCUGCUUCAGCUCCAUCUUUUAUUCAAGCACUUCCUGGUAAAUUAUGUUCCAAAGAUGACGAUGUAGGGGUUGAUCUCUGUCUCAAACUUACUCCCUCCGGUUAGAUCACAUCGAUUGAGUGUUUAAUUGUAUGUGGAACAUUGAAAUUUCGUCUUUCCAUGGAAAGAUUUUUUAUGUUUGUGAGUUUGAUCUUUGGUGCAAAAGCUCAAUGCCGCUAUACGUGCAUGUUCCAUUUUGCUCUAUUUUAAUUAGUUGCUGCUAAUCAUUCAUGCCAAGAGUCAUUUUUGCCUAGCUGCCACCGUAACAGAUCAACAAUGAAGCUAGUUAAUUUAUGUCUGCUGCUAAGCCUAUAUGAGCAAGCAAAAAAUGCUUCAGUAGGAGAAAAGCGUCCAUUUCCUUUUCCUUUUCUUUUUUGAUGAAUUAAAGGAUUCAUUUCAA